GGCGGAGCGGGAGGAGGCAAAGGCGGAGGAGGCAGUCGCUGCGCGCGGGGCCGAGCCGGACGCAUCUUGGUGCCCCCUCCCCCGGUUCGCCGCUGCCCGGCCUGAGCCGAUCCGAGCUGAGCGUGAGCGUGGUGCGGACGGAGGGGAUGGCCCGGGAGCGCCGGCGCCAGUGACGGGGAGGUGCUGAGCGUCGCCGAGGGCGCGCCGGGCCCUGCGCCGCCCGCCGCCUGCGCGCCCGCCCGCCGCCCGGUCCGCGGCCGCUCCCCGUCCCCGACACACGCUCACAGGCCGGGCAUUGAUGGUAAUGUAUGCGAGGAAACAGCAGAGACUCAGUGAUGGCUGUCACGACCGGCGGGGGGACGCGCAGCCUUACCAGGCACUUAAGUAUUCAUCGAAGAGUCACCCCAGUAGCGGUGAUCACAGACAUGAAAAAAUGCGAGACGCCGCAGAUCCUUCACCACCAAAUAAAAUGUUGCGGAGAUCUGAUAGUCCUGAAAACAAAUAUAGUGACAGCACAGGUCACAGUAAGGCCAAAAAUGUGCAUAUUCACAGAGUUAGAGAGAGGGAUGGUGGGACCAGUUACUCUCCCCAAGAAAAUUCACACAACCACAGUGCUCUUCAUAGUUCAAAUUCACAUUCUUCUAAUCCAAGCAGUAAUCCAAGCAAAACUUCAGAUGCACCUUAUGAUUCUGCCGAUGACUGGUCUGAGCAUAUUAGCUCCUCUGGGAAAAAAUACUACUACAAUUGUCGAACAGAAGUUUCACAGUGGGAGAAACCAAAGGAGUGGCUUGAAAGAGAACAGAGACAAAAGGAAGCAAACAAGAUGGCAGUUAAUAGCUUCCCAAAAGAUAGGGAUUACAGAAGAGAGGUGAUGCAAGCAACAGCCACUAGUGGGUUUGCCGGUGGAAUGGAAGACAAGCAUUCCAGUGAUGCCAGUAGUUUGCUCCCACAGAAUAUUUUGUCUCAGACAAGCAGACACAAUGACAGAGACUACAGACUGCCAAGAGCAGAGACUCACAGUAGUUCUACGCCAGUACAGCACCCCAUCAAACCAGUGGUUCAUCCAACUGCUGCCCCAAGCACUGUUCCUUCUAGUCCAUUUACGCUACAGUCCGAUCACCAGCCAAAGAAAUCAUUUGAUGCUAAUGGAGCAUCCACUUUAUCAAAACUGCCUACACCCACAUCUUCUGUCCCUGCACAGAAAGCAGAGAGAAAAGCUUUAUUAUCUCCUUUUUAUUUAGAAUCUACAUCAGGAGACAAAUCGGUGUCACACUCUUGCACAACUCCUUCCACGUCUUCUGCCUCUGGACUGAACCCCACGCCUGCCCCUCCAGCCUCUGCUUCAGCAAUGCCUGUCUCUCCUGUCCCACAGUCACCAAUACCUCCAUUACUGCAGGACCCAAAUCUGCUCAGACAGUUGCUUCCUGCUUUGCAAGCCACGCUGCAACUCAAUAAUUCUAAUGUGGACAUAUCCAAGAUAAAUGAAGUUCUUACAGCAGCUGUGACCCAAGCCUCAUUGCAGUCUAUCAUUCAUAAGUUUCUCACUGCUGGACCAUCUGCUUUCAACAUGACUUCUCUGAUCUCUCAAGCUGCUCAGCUCUCUACACAAGCCCAGCCGUCUAAUCAGUCUCCGAUGUCUUUGACGUCUGACGCGUCAUCCCCGAGAUCCUAUGUGUCUCCGAGAAUAAGCACACCUCAGACGAACGCAGUCCCUGUCAAGCCUUUGGCUAGUACUCCUCCUGUUUCAUCACAGCCCAAGGUUAGUACUCCGGUAGUUAAGCAAGGACCAGUUUCCCAAUCAGCCACGCAGCAGCCUGCGCCUGCUGACAAGCAGCAGGGCCAUGAACCUGCCUCUCCUCGAAGUCUUCAGCGCUCACAUAGCCAGAGAAGUCCGUCACCUGGUCCAAAUCAUACUUCUAGUAGUAACGCAUCAAAUGCAACAGCUGUACCACAGAAUUCAUCUGCCCGUCCUGCGUGUUCAUUAACACCUACGCUAGCAGCACACUUCAAUGAAAGUCUCAUCAAACAUGUUCAAGGCUGGCCUGCAGAUCAUGCUGAGAAGCAGGCAUCGAGAUUGCGAGAGGAAGCCCAUAACAUGGGAAGCGUUCAUAUGUCGGAAAUCUGUACUGAAUUAAAAAAUUUAAGAUCUUUAGUCCGAGUAUGUGAAAUUCAAGCAACUUUGCGAGAGCAAAGGAUACUAUUUUUGAGACAACAAAUUAAGGAACUCGAAAAGCUAAAAAAUCAGAAUUCCUUCAUGGUGUGAAGAUGUGAAUAAUUGCACAUGGUGUUGAGAACAGAACUGUAAAUCUGUUGCCCAGUCUUAACAUUUUUGAGCUGCAUUUAAGUAGACUUUGGACCGUUAAGCUGGGCAAAGGAGAUGACAAGGGGUGGGGGUCUGUGAGAUUCAAUUCAGGGGAAAGAUACAAGAUGGAUUUGUAAAACCCUUGAAAUGUAGAUUUCUUGUAGAUGUAUUCUUCACGUUGUAAAUAUGUUUUGUAGAGUGAAGCCAUGGGAAGCCAUGUGUAACAGAGCUUAGACAUCCAAAACUAAUCAGUGCUGAGGUGGCUGAAUACCUAGCCUUUUACAUGUAAACCUGUCUGCAAAAUUAGCUUUUUUAAAGAAAAAUUUGGGGGGUUAAUUUAUCAUUCAGAAAUCUUGCAUUUUCAAAAGAUUCAGUGCAAGCGCCAGGCGAUCUGUGUCUGAGGAUACAAUUUUGAACCAUAUGGGCAGAGUACAAAAUACUAUGAAGCAGCGGUUUCCACACUUGCCCCUGAUCAAGAGCAGUGCUUCGCCGUUUGUUUUGCAGAGAAAUGUUUUCAUUUCCCGUGUGCUCCAUCUCCCUCUGGAAUCCUUCACCUGAUUUUAUCCACUUUUUAAGGCUCCUCUUCCUCUCCUUUCUUAAGGCACUGUUGCCAUGGCACUUUUCUGUACCCUUUGCAUUCCUGUGUACAGUAGCGUAAAACUGCAGUGAUUGAGCAUAACCCACUUGUUUGUGUAAAUUAUUAAAUCCAUUUGCACCCUGUAAGAAUGGACUUAAAAGUACUGCUGGGCAUGUGUGCUGAAAGUACAUUGAUGGCUCAAAUAUAAGGAAAUGGCCCAAUGAACAUGGUCGUGGGGGAAGAGGAAACAGCUAGUCAGAUGUGAAUUGUAUCUGUUAUAAUAAACAUGUUAAAACAAACACAAAUUGUUAUUUUUCUUUACCUUCGGUCAAUGCAUAUUAGAAUUUGAACUACCUGGGGAUUCUUUGUCAGAACUAUUCUUGUUGAACAUUUAUACUUAAUUGAAGUAAUUCCUUAAGGGAGGUUUUGUUUAAAGCGAUUAACAGGAAAUUGUGUAUAAGAAUAUUUAAUGAAACAUGAAAUUCAACAAGAAUGAUGAAGUCACUUCCCAAGUGGUUGUCAUUUGUUAACCCCUGGUUUACCUGUCUUGCUGUUGAUGCCGUUUCAUUUGGAGGGUGUCUGUGCUGUAGCUCACUGUUCCGGUCUGGUGCUGACUGCUGUUCUCAGCAUCACAACACGCUACAUUUGUGUAAUCAGAGCUUCCUGCUGUUACCUGGGAAUGGCGGGAAGGCUCAGCUUUGUAUAUUGUUUCCUAAAGUAUAUUAAAAUAAAAAAAGAAACUAUUGCUACUAUAAAA